ACAUGACAUUUUGUUUUUCAUACAGUCACAGCAAUAAUGGCCGAGUUGUUAGUGGUGCCGUUUAAAAAGUCUUCCGACGUAGAUAUAGUAAAACCGCUAAGGAAUCUUAUUCAAUCUACAUACAACACUGGCGAAAGCAACGAAGACUACAGCGAUGCACUAAAUGAAUUGAGCCGCCUGCGAGCCAACGCAAUUUGGAAAGUGUUCGAGAAAUCAUCUCUCGACAUUAUUUACAGUUACUAUGACCAGCUGGUGUCACUGGAGAGCAAGAUCCCCCCCCAGGAGGUGCAGAUACCCUUCAAAUGGAAGGAUGCUUUCGACAGAGGCUCCAUCUUUGGAGGCCGGAUGAGUCUGACUAUCAGCUCGUUGGCGUACGAGCGCAUGUGCAUCCUGUUCAACAUCGGCGCGAUGCAGAGCGCUGUGGCAGCGCAGCAGCCGCUCGACACCGAGGACUCGCUCAAACUCGCCGCCAAGCUGCUGCAGCAAUCAGCAGGCGUGUUCGCGUUCCUGAAGGCGAAUAUCAUGAUGGCAGUGCACCAGGAGACCACACCCGAUCUCCUCCCAGAGACGCUGGACGCCCUCUCUAAGUUGAUGCUCGCGCAGGCCCAGGAGGUCAUCGCCUAUAAGUGCAUAAGAGACGAGAUGAAGGAGAGCAUGGUGGCGAAGGUGUGCGCGCAGUGCGAGGAGCUGUACACGGACGUGCUGCGCGUCGUGCAGAAGGACACUCUCAAGCCGCUCUGGGACCGCGACUGGAUACCCGCCUUGAGCGCCAAGCAAAUGGCAUUCCGUGGUCUAGCGCAGUUCUACCAGAGCCUGGUGUGUCGCGCCAACAAGGCGGUGGGCGAAGAGAUUUCCCGGCUGCAAGUUGCAGUGGAGUGCCUGCGCGGCUCGGCGUCUCGCGCGGCCCCUGGCGCCUGCGCGCGCCUGCAGGAGCACGCCACCCGCGCCGCACGACACCUGGCCGACGCCGUGCGCGACAACGACUUCAUCUACCACGAGCGCGUGCCCGAGUCUGCGCAGCUCGAGCCAAUCUCCCGCGCCGCCAUCGCCAAGCCGCUGCCGCCGCCCGACCGCUGGGCGCCCGCCGGCAAGGACCUGUUCGCACCACUCAUGCCGGCCGCCGUGCACGCCGCGCUGCAGGCCAGCUCCGCCCGGCGCGCCGACCUCGUCAACGCCGAGAUCAACAAGCUGCGCGACGCCACGCAGCUGCUCAACAGCGUGCUCGCAUCGCUCAGCCUGCCCGCGUGCCUCGAGGACAGCUCCGACGAGCAGGGCGCGCUGCCCGCCUCCAUCCGCGACAAGGCGCGCAGCGUGCGGGACGCGGGCGGCGUGGCCGAGCUGCGGCGGCUGAUGGCCGAGCUGCCCGAGCUGCUGCAGCGCAACCGCGACAUCCUCGACGAGGCGGAGCGCAUGCUGCGCGAGGAGGCCGAGGCGGACGCCAGCCUGCGUUCGCAGUUCGGCGCGAGGUGGUCGCGCACCGAGUCCGCCAAGCUCACCGAGGCCUUCCGCGCCAAUGCGGACAAGUACCGUCAGAUCAUCAACAACGCCGUGCGCGCCGACAACAUCGUGCAACAGAAAUACGCGCAACACAAGGAGAAUAUCGAAUUGUUGAGUGGCAGCGAGCGUGACAUCACAGUACCCGACGCGCCUGACUCGGGCGCGACAGACACGGACGCGGUGUCGCAGCUGCGCGGGCUGAUGGACGAUGUGGAGACGCUGAAGGCAGAGCGCGACUCCAUCGAGGCGUCGCUGAAGGACACCACGCUCGAUUUGAAGGAGAAGUUCCUGGCGGCGCUGGCGGCGGACGGCGCGGUGGACGAGCCGGCGCUGUCGGCGGGCGCGCUGGGUGCAGCGCUGGCGCCGCUGCAGCGCCAGGUGGGCGAGUCGCUGCGCCGCCAGGAGCAGCUGCUGGGCUCAGUGCAAGCCGCGCAUGCGCGCCUGCUUGCUUCGCGCGGCGGCUCUAGCGGCCGCGACCAGGCGCUCGCGCGUCUGUGCGCCGCAUACGACGCUUUCCAGGAACUCACCGGUAACCUCAACGAGGGCGUCAAGUUCUACAACGAUCUGACACAGUUGCUGGUAGCGUUCCAGAACAAAGUGUCUGACUUCUGCUUCGCGCGUAAGACGGAAAAGGAGGAGCUAAUGAAGGACCUGACGCUGGAAACCACUCGCGACCCCGCGCGACCAGCGCCUGCGCCUCCGCAGCACCACACCGACGGUGUUGAGCCGGCCGUGGUGAAGAAGGAGGCGCCGCCGCGGCCGCCGCCGCCCUCGAGCGCGCCGUCGGCGGGCCCCUCCGCGCAGCCGUCGGCGCUGCCCUACCCCACACAACCACAAGGCAUGCCGCUGCCGUACGCGGGUGGCGGCGUGGGCGGGGCGCCGUACCCGUACUACGCGGCGCCGGUGCCCACCAUGUACAACCCGUACGCCACGCUGCCCUACCCGCACCACGCGCGCAUGCCGCCGCCGCAGCACUACCAGCCCUACCAGUACCCGCCCGCGCCCGCCGGUUACCCGCAGCCGCCGCCCGCCGGCUACAACCCCUACCCGCAGCAGUAACCGCCGGGACCACGGCUUUGUUGACGCUUCAUAGGCUGCCUUGUACCAUCCACGCGCAUUGGUGACGGACUUCCUUCAGUUAUAAAAUUAUACAAUCAUUUGUACACAGCUUGAUAUGCGAAACAUACAGACAUUUAUCAUGAUUACGUGCAGACACCCUGCCGCUUCGUUGAUACAAUUACGUUAUGAUCCGACCGCAUCUGCUCGUCACCUACAUUUAAAUUGGUAAAGGGUAGCUACACGAUGAGCAUCAGGCGGCAUCGCAGCGGUGGGAGUGACGUUAUAUCCCGAUUGUCCGUCUUACCAAUCCGCUACUACACCGCCUCGCGCAUACCAAAGGUGACCAACAUUUGCGUGCGUAUUUAUAUUAGCAGUUAACUGCCAUACAGGACGUGUACAAUGACAUGCUUGAAGCUAUGCUUCCGUGGACGGCGGCCGUAAUGUAUGGGUGCAUGGAAUGUUAAUAAUAUUUGAAUUAUAAUUAUUGUUGAUGCAUUUUUAAUGAUAAGCUCAAAAUCAUUCUACGUGGCGUACCGUCGCGUAGAUAUUAUAUUGAAAUUAUUUAAUCACAAAUGAAUAUUAUUGAAAUCGAGUUGUGAUAGAGAUGGGGACGGGUCGGAACUCCGCCGUGCGAUCUGAGAGCGUAGAGUAGCGCGUGUACUAAUACACUUAAGAUUAUAUUUUUUAUAUUAAAGCUACUUUUAAUCCGUUGUUAACGACGUUGGAAUGAUUUUUCGCCGCCACCGAAGUAACAUUAUCUUAUUAGGCGUAGCGACGUGUGAGUGACAGCUUCACAUUUUACCAGCAAUGUUCUAGUACCAACUGUAUUUAUUAGGUCUUCAUUUGUAGAGAAUAAAUUUUUUAACGUA